AUGUUUCAGUCAUUGCAAUGCGCUCUUUUGCUUGCGGCCAUUUCUACGACAACUUCUUCCACAGAACGCAAUAAGUGUGUCGCCAGAAGCUUUGGCCAUGACUCUGUGGUUUGUGAGUGUAACUCCACGUACUGUGACACAUUUGGUACCGUUUCGCUUCCCCCGCUGGGUCAGUACAUCUCCUUCAUGAGCAGCGUGUCCGGAAGCCGGCUAGAAGAAAGUCAAGGUCCGGUUCGACCCAACAGCAAUGGAGCUGGCCUCAAACUGACUCUCUUUCUGGACAAGAAGUACCAGAAGAUGAGAGGAUUUGGUGGUGCGAUGACAGACGCUGCAGCAAUUAACAUCCUGUCACUUUCUGCUGGUGCACAGGACCAACUGCUGAGACAGUAUUUUGCUGAAGAAGGUAUAGGUUAUACUGUGGUGCGUGUCCCCAUGGCCAGCUGUGACUUUUCCACACGUCUGUACACAUACGCUGACUCAAAGGAUGACUACAGUCUGCACAAUUUCACUCUGGCCCCUGAGGAUGUUCACAUGAAGAUCCCUCUGCUACAGAGAGCCCAGGCCAUGUCUCCUCAACACUUGUCUCUGCUGGGCAGUGCCUGGAGUUCUCCGGCCUGGAUGAAAACCAACGGUGCACUCACAGGAAAAGGCUCCUUAAAGGGAAAACCUGGUGGGAAAGAGCAUAAAAGUUGGGCUCAGUACUACGUGAGAUUCCUUGAGGAAUAUGCAAAGUAUAAUUUGACGUUUUGGGGCGUGACUACAGGGAAUGAACCCACUGCAGGAUAUAUUUCAAACUACAGUUUCCAGGCACUGGGCUUCACUCCUGAGGAACAGAGGGACUGGGUGGCCAUGGACCUGGGCCCCGCCUUACACGCCUCGUUGUUCCCGCACACUCAUGUCCUCAUCAUGGAUGACAAUCGCGUGCUGCUGCCUCACUGGGCCAAAGUGGUUCUGAGUGACAUCCACGCAGGCCGGUACAUCCAUGGUGUGGCAGUGCACUGGUACCUGGACGGCCUGGUCCCCGCCGGGUCUAGCCUAGGAGCGACCCACGAACUGUACCCAGAGUACUACUUGUUUGGCACGGAGGCCUGCGCAGGCUGGACAGGGAAAGACCAGGGAGUGAUACUGGGCAGCUGGCAGAGGGCCGAAAAAUAUGCGCACGACAUCUUAGAGGACUUAAAUUAUUAUGUAACGGGUUGGACUGACUGGAACCUGGCGUUGAAUCUAAUCGGUGGGCCCAACUGGGUAAAGAACUUUGCUGACAGCCCCGUUAUAGUAGACGCCAAGCGUGACGUCUUCUACAAGCAGCCAACCUUUUACAGCAUGGCACACUUCAGUAAAUUCCUGUAUGAGGGCUCUCAGAGAGUCGGUGUGUCCGCCAGUGGUAAAACAAACCUUGAAUUUGCUGCAUUCAUACGACAGGAUGCCGCAGUGGUGCUCAUCGUACUUAACAGAUCAUCUUCAGCCAUCCAGUUUGAAGUGUGGGACCCAAUGGUGGGCUACAUCCCCUCCACAGCACCGCCUCGUUCCUUACUCACGCUUGUAUGGUACACACAGGGAUGA